GGGAGCGGGGGGGUUCAGAGGAACUAACCGGCGUGGUAUUUUUGCUGCGUCACACCUCUAACUGCGCGCCGAAAAAGACGUUUAGCCGGGUCAGGCGCGGUAGUUGAUGGUCUUCGCCGGUAGGGGCCGCUUUGGCGCUCCUCGCCGUCACUGCCACCUGUAAGCUUGUUACGCAAGUCUUUAAACGGAGAGCAUUUUCCCGGGUGACAGGCCCCAUCUUCUCUCUCGACAACCUCGUGGCCAUGAAAGUACUUCCUUUUUAUGCCUCGCAGCAGGUCGGCGCGAUUGCUUAAGACAGUUGCUUUAAAACAGUUUGAAGAGCAAAAGCGAACCACCUUUUACCGAUUUCUCUCUAAAAACAAUUGAUCUGUCGCGGAUUUUUAAAGCGAACUUGCCGCCUUCUGACUGGCUCAGAGGAGUUCGACAGAAAGCUUCCUUUAAGUAUCCAAUACCGACGAGAGAGUUGUGCAAACGUCGAAACGGAUGCUAUCAAUAUUGAAUGCAGAACUGCAGUGAGGAAAAACUCAGAAGAAAGAACCAGAAGUCGGCUUGCAGUCCAGCUUUCACAUCUACAAGCAUUGAAAACCUGCCCUGUGAAUUACAGAGAAACUUCCAACUUAUGCGUGAACUGGAUCAGAGAACAGAAGACAAGAAAGCAGAAAUUGAUAGUCUUGCUGCACAAUAUAUUUCAACGGUGCGGGAUCUGUCAUCAGAGCAACGAGUGGAAAUCUUGCAGAAGAUCCAAAAUGCUUAUACAAAAUGCAAAGAGUAUAGUGAUGACAAAGUGCAGUUGGCCAUGCAGACCUACGAGAUGGUGGACAAGCACAUUCGACGGCUAGAUGCUGACCUUGCCCGAUUUGAAGCUGAUCUGAAGGAUAAAUUGGAAGGCAGUGAUUUUGAAAGCCCUGUGACACAAAACUUAAAAAAGGGGAGAAUUCCAAAGGAUAAGAAAACCUCCCGUGGUCGAGGCCGGCGGACAUCAGAGGAAGAAGUUCCAGUGAAAAAGAAACCAAAAAGAAGAUCUGAAUUAGCGGAUACCAUCCUGUCGGUUCACCCUUCUGAUGUCUUGGACAUGCCAGUGGAUCCCAAUGAACCCACAUACUGCUUGUGCCAUCAAGUAUCUUAUGGAGAAAUGAUUGGGUGUGACAACCCCGAUUGUCCAAUUGAAUGGUUUCACUUUGCUUGUGUGGAUCUCACAACCAAACCCAAAGGAAAAUGGUACUGUCCUCGCUGUGCGCAGGAGAAGAAGAAGAAGUAAAAAUGAUGUAU